UCUGGGGGCGGGCUGCUGGAUAAAGGUGUCGGAGCUGUGUUCCGGGAAGCGGUUAGACGGGGGGAAGACGUGUGAACGCCUGGACGUAUUCUGGUAAACUCCAAUUUCACCCGCAGAACCAAGCAACCAUUAGCAGUCGGCUGCUCCGUGGGAACCCUAAAGGCUGACACCCUACAAACUUUUCAACAGUCCUCAUUUUUGGACCUGGAAAGAGGUGGAGCAGAUCGGAGCGAUUUCCAGGUGCAAUCAGGCGCUCAGACCUGUGCUCCACAAGCCUUUGAUUCUGCAUUAAAGAGAAGCACCUGGGUGGAGUGUAGAAAACGACCAGAGGAAAAUCAGGUGGAAUCUGCAUAGAGCGCAGGCGAGGGAGGCAGGGGAGCUGCAGACUCGUUCAGCAGCUCCAGGGGUGCCAUCACCUGCCAUGAUAUCGGCUGCCCCACUCUAUGGUGGUGUGCACAACUGGACCAGCGCCGACCGCGUGCGUAUGUGUGGCAUUAACGAGGACAGGAGGACGGCACUGUCUGAUGAGGAGUCAAAAUCUAACAGCACCCAGCACCUGGGAUCUGAAGAUCGUUGUGUGAGCAGUGUCCUUUCCACGGUGGAUUUAAUACCUGCAACCAACCAAAGUGAUGCCCUGAUGCUGCAGGAAGUUGGUGCUACACUGGUGGAGACUGGGCAAAAACCGGAGGACAAACCACCAGAUCGCACUGAACCAGAGCCAGCUGGCGUUAUCCCAUCGUCUAAAGCUUGUAAAAAUGUUUCACCACCUGACGGCAAAGUGUCAGCAAAUGUAUCAGAGACAUCUAUCCAAGCAGCUUCAAGCAAACACAGUAAAAAAGCAGAGUCUACAAGGGCUCCGGCGCAAGAGAAAGCUGCGGGGACUAAACACCCUUCUGCCCAGUCUGUCGAUGCGGACUCCUCUGGAAAGCAAAAGACUGUCCUGAGCCCUGGAUUACAAAUUGCAGGUCAAUCUGUAGAUGCUUCACAUGCCGUUGUUUCCUCUGGGUUUCCUCUUACUAUGAGCAGAAUCUGCUUCUCCAACACUCAGGUCCCCAAUGUGCAGAAGCUUCCUCUGUCUUUCCCACCUGGUGCCGUUUUGACGCCGAGCCAACCCCUAGUUUACAUCCCCCCUUCCAGCUGUGGGCAGCCCCUCAGUGUAACUACUUUACCAACCACAUUUGGAAUGACGUCGACUCUGACCCUUCCCAUCAUGCCCACCUGCUUGACACCCUCAGAAUUGCAGUCACACGCUUUCGCUUCAACUCUGGGAAGGCCGUUGGCCACUGACCCUAAGGUGGCCCCUGCAGAGUUGAACAAACCAGUGAGCACAGCGGCCCCUACUGUUUCCCUCACAAACAGCAAUAGUAUGAAUCCCACGGUAGACGUUUCUUCUGUCUGCACUGAUACAUCAACCACCACCCUAUCAGCUUUACAGACUCUCUCUGCACACACCACCCUCCCAGUUGUCACCCUAGCUUCCUAUUCUAGAACACCUAACCUAGAACCACAAAAUGAUUCCUCAUCGUCAUCCUCUGUUUCCCCAUUAAAGUCCCCUCCGCAGCUUGAAAGGGAGAUGAUCUCUCCCCAAGACUCUUAUGAAAUGCCUUUGGACUUGUCUUCUAAAUCUCACCGCCAUAAACAUGCUCCAUCUAACCAACGUAAAACUCCACCUAUGCCAGUGUUAACCCCGGUGCAUACCAGUGGGAAAGUCACACUGUCCACCGUUUUGUCCAGGUCUGACUGUAGCACUCAGAGUCCUGCCCCGAUCAGUUUCACCAGCAGCAGUGUUAGCCAGAAUCUUCGAGGAGUACCCCCAUUGGUAAUGUUCCCAGAGUUUUUGAGAAACGGGGAUCCAGUGUCAUCACAGUUAGUCGGAGCACCAGGAUCUUGGAUUAAGAAUUCUGCUGCUCUUAUUAGUACCAUACCUGGUACUUAUGUAGGGGUGGCCAACCCAGUGCCUGCCUCUCUGUUUUUGAACAAAGACUCUAAUUUGAGACUUAGCACAGAUUCCAGACAUUUGGCAAAGCAGGAGCCGAUCUCGAUUAUUGACCAGGGAGAUCCAAAGAACUCAGGGUCAUGUGGCAAGAAAAAUAGCCAGACCAGUGUAGAUGGCCAGCAACCUACAGAGAAGCAACAUCUUCAUGGAGGUCCUACAGCAGCAAACUCUCUGUGUUCUUCAAAGGACUGGACGUUACCUGGACAUGGGACAGUGCACUCAAAGUGUCCCUUAAACGGGAAGCCCAGCAAUUCUCAGGUUCUGCCAGUUAGUUGGUCUCCAUACCAUCAGACAUCGUUACUGUCCAUUGGCAUACCAGCCACAGGCACACUCCAUCCAAGCCAAGGUUCACAUCAGAGACUUCCUUUUGGUGAGUUAACACUAUAUUCCAGCAUUCUUCCAGCAGAAUCCAAGGUGACGCCUCAAAAAAGCAUAGAAGAUUCUACAUUAAGUAGUCAGCAGAAGACUACAACAACGCCAGCAGUGGCCGCCGAGCAUGACGUGCUGACAAAAGCAAGGACAUGUGAAUCUGUUUCUAAGCCUCGGAAAUCUCAUACAAAUAAAACUUUGCUUGCACCAAAACCUGCUGCAGGAAAUGCCGCUUUAUACCUUCAGCCAGGCUUGGCUGAUAAAGCGGACAACAGCGCACAUGGUAAGCAAGGGGCUGAAGGGGGCCCUACUUUAAAUAAACUUCCUAACAAGCAGAACUGCAAAGAUGACAAGAUCCGACCACCAAAGUUGAGUUGCAAUCGAAAGACGUUUGGGGAAACAAAGCCGAAAAACAAAGUAUUGGCCUCUUACAUGACUAACGACCCAAUGGAGGUGGUCCAAAGAAAGGACAAUGGUCACAGCCUCCCUUUAUUGAGUCAGGACAGCAGCAAAAAGGACGCCAAGGGUGAUGUUUCACAGGAUCAGCCUGUGCAUCGCAAGCGUGGCCCCAAAAAAGCACAUGCCCCUGUGGACACUCAGCAUUGUGUGCAGGAGGUAGACUUGAGCAAAGUCAAAAUUGAGAGGGUGGACGAUGAUGAGAACUUUGGCUGUUUGCCAUCCUUCAACAAUACAUCAUGGUCACCCAUAGAAAUGCCACCAAUCACCAAAGUCAAGGCUAAGGUUAAGAAAGAGCCAGGCUUACGAGGUCGGGCUAAGCGCCUGGAUGUGGUUUUGCCAACCAAGCCAGCACAGCAGAAGUCCAAGUGUAAAGUGAAAGAAAAAGACGAAGACGUGGAUAAAAGUUUACAGGAACCUCCGAAAAAAAAGAGCAAGAGGCAACAAUCUGUCACCAGCCUCGAGAAGAAAGAACAUACAGCCCCAAAGUCCAAGAACGAGCCAGAAGGCACCAGAGUCAGGAGGUGGAGGAGGCGAGCCAUAAAGACUGAGCCUUUGGAUCCAGAACUAGACCCAGCCACGCCAGAGAGAAAAUCCAAAAACAGCUUCAAAGACUUCAUCCCAGUCGUCUUAAAGAGCCGAACCCGCAGUCAGACAGGAAAUUAUGGAUUUUCACAUGUUGGAUCCACCAUCGUAAACACGCUCCAAAACGAGGAAGAGGUAGAUGAGACUAGCUUCCCUUGCAAGAGAAGGAAGCUGAGGAAGAACUGCAAACCAGGCCGGCCACGCAGCCGAUUCACAGCUAUCAAAGAGGAACCAGAACCCGAACUAAUCAGCCCAAUAAUACAAGACCCCUGGGAACUGUCAAGCAGAGGUCUAGACACUGGGAAAGCGUCCAUCUUAGAGCAGGACGACAAUGUUGAAGAGGACGGUACAUUACGACGGAGAAAGAGGCGGAGACAGAAGAAUCGUAAAUACCAAAAUGGGGAAUAUCUAACGGAAAAAGAGGAAGAGGAAGUAUCUCAGUACUAUUGUAGGAGAAGGCCCAGGACAGAUUUCCGAAAGCGUAAAAUAUCACCAGAUAGAGCCAGCGAGAUUCUGAGGAGUAACAAGCGACAAAGCGAUGUCAGAAACAGCCUUGAGGACUCGUCCUCCUUACAGAUUCUUGAGAAACCCCCUGGAAAACGCAAGUGCAAGACCAAACAUCUAGGAGGAAACACAAAUGAGACGGUCAAGGGAAGGGGUCGACGGAGCAGUCUGUCUCCCAAAAGCACCCCUACCAAAUCUCCACGGAAGAGUUGUGAGCCAAGAACCCCCUCCCGGUCUCGUCGUAGCAGUAGCUUCGGCUUGUGGAAUACUCCCAACAGUCAGAACAUGCCUCCAGAAGCCAGGAGACUGAUUGUGAAUAAAAAUGCUGGAGAGACCCUACUACAAAGGGCAGCGCGGCUGGGAUAUAAGGAUGUUGUAUUGUACUGCCUACAGCGAGAUCAAGGUGACAUCAACCACAGGGAUAACGCUGGGUACACAGCCCUACAUGAAGCUUGCUCCCGUGGAUGGACAUCCAUCUUACAGAUCCUCCUGGAGAACGGAGCAAAUGUGAACUGCAGUGCACAGGAUGGGACCAGGCCCAUCCAUGAUGCAGUGGUCAAUGACAACUUAGAAACAGUAUGGCUCUUGCUGUCCUACGGUGCAGACCCAACGCUGGCCACAUACUCUGGGCAGACGCCCAUGAAACUGGCCAGCAGCGAAGCCAUGAAGACGUUUCUGAGCGAUUACCUCUCUGAUCUGCGAGGACGUUCUGAUGGGGACCCGCGAGCAUCCUGGGACCUCUAUAGCAGCUCUGUAUUAGAUCCUAAGGAUGAGAUUGGCCAUGACAUCCUCUUAGAUGCUUCUGAGACUUCUAAGGAGGAGGAGGAAGGGGAGAAGCAGCAAGAGGAAGACAACUUUUUGUUUGAGUUUUCAGACGCGCCGCUCAUUUCCUGCUACAACUUGCACGUCUCACUAACCAGCGGGCCCAGUAACUGGUUCCUGGUCUCCGAUGUGCUCAAGAGGCUGAAGUUAUCCUCCCGAAUAUUCCAAGCUCGAUACCCGAACUUUGAAAUUGCCAGCAUGCAGAAGAAGGAGUUUAACAGACAGGUGUUCACCAGCCAGAUCCUCACGCACACCGAGGGAAUGGACCUCUGGCCGCAGGACUGUGGAGAAAUGGUAGAGCUAGUGAAAUACGACCCUGAACUGAUCAGACUCCUGGGCUCCUCUGUGGAAUUCCAGUGUGUCAACAGCUGACAAACAACCCGAGUUUGUGUCCAAGACCCUUCAGCUGCAUCAGAGGCAAUAACACAGAGCGAGGAAAGACGGCUCCCGCAGCGCCUGCACCGGUGAAUGCAGCUCUGGGUUGUGCCCUUUUGUUUCCAGGCUACCUGCAAUCACUCAUCUGUUCUAUGCUUCUACUGUGGUGAUGAGAUUAUACGCACAGUAUCGGAGGGUGGUGAGGAACUCCGCUACAUUAUCACCACACCACUGAAAGGAUCCUUCUUUCAUCCGCCAUGUUUGUCUUGUUCAGACUCUCUUAUGUUCAGACAUCUAUGAAAUUAAUUUUGUGUUCAAUGAGUAAUGCACUGGUUCAUCCGUAGACAUUAUGGAUAAACCGACCCGACUCGGGCUCACCAUACACAAGGAUAGACAAUCAUGGUUCCGCUGUCAGGAGAGACUUGCAGCCACAGCCAAGGAGAAAUUUACAGAAUUUUUUUUAAAUCGGUCCAUUUAUCAAAUAUAUACUUUAAAACUAGUUUUGAUGACAAGGAGGAUCAUGGAAGCAGGGUUGACCAGGCACGAGCCACCUAAACUGCAGGAACACGGUCUUCUACUGGCUCCAAGCAUUGUGCGCGCCUACUGAUAACACUUAACAUAGGGAGACUGCCGGGAUUUACCCAGGACAAGUCGAACAGCCCCGAGUGCUGACGGAUACAACCACUGGGUGUGGCAGAAGCUUAUCCCAGACGUUCAGGCCUCGCCCACACCACUAGAUGCUUCAGUCCGUGGCGAAACCAUAGGUCGCAUGGCUAAAGACCGGGCAGGAGGAAACAUGUGUGAUUGUCCUCAGGGCUCCUCUUCCCGCUUCAUCCAAUGCUUCUUACUUUUUAUAGUAAAUGCUAAUUUUAAAAAAUAAAAAAAGCUAUUUGGAGUGAAAGAAGAAAAAAAAAAUACAAAAAAGUGUGUGACUGUUCGCUUCCUGGAAAGGAAAAGCUAACGAUAAGUAAAAAAUGAAAUAACAAAAGUCCCUCCUGUGUUGUGGGGCGCAGGCUGUGUGUCACGCCAUGAAACACACGGCACUUUACCUUCUUUUGAACUGAGUUUUUUUUUUUUCUUUUUAUUGUAAAUGGUACAGUUUUAUUGUACGGGUGCUAAAAAAACAAAAAUACAGCAAAAAAAUAUUGAUUUGAAGGCUUGGACAAUC